AUGACCAGCUGGACAGCCUCACAAUGGAUUCCCUGGAUGACUCUAAUCUCCACCUGGAUUGACGGCACAACCGCAGACCCCAGUCAGACGAUAUGUCCCGCCCCGCGCUGGCAAGUCGCUGAGGCCGAGUUCAUCCAGUGGCCUCAGUGUCCUGAGACGCGAUGGGAAGCGGAGCCGGCUACUCCUAUCCCCGCAGAACAACAACCGUUGCUGAAAGCGCCCGAGGAGACGCUCUCCGCUGUGUCUGUUUCCAUGGCUUCGUCCGAGAGCAGCGCACGGCCCGAUCACGAGCUUGAUACCGAGUCGCCGCUCGAUAAUGCGAAUUUCCUGUCAUUCGAGGAUUGGAAGAAGCAGAAUCUGGCGAAGGUUGGCCAGUCGGCGGAGAAUGUCGGCGGGCGCGGUGCUGCUGCUGCUGCUGCUGGGAAGGAAGGGCGGCGGCGUCCGACGGGGAUAAAUAAUGCGUUGGAUUCGCUGGGCGAGGAUGUCGAAAUUGAGUUGGAUUUUGGUGGCUUUGGGGCUGAUACGCCUGAGGCGGCGAAGCCGACAUCUUGGGGUGCGCGUGUGUCGACUGGGGUUACUGGUGGAGAGGCGGGUUCUGCUGGGGAUGUUGAUUCCCUGGCGCAUGGUGUGCCGCCGGCUGGGGGUGUAUCGCGGUCGAAAGAUGCGGGCACCACGUGUAAAGAAAGGUUCAACUAUGCAUCGUUUGAUUGCGCCGCGACGGUGCUGAAGACGAAUCCGGAGUGUACGGGGUCGUCCUCGGUGUUGAUCGAGAAUAAAGAUAGCUAUAUGCUCAACGAGUGUCGGGCUAACAACAAGUUCUUGAUUCUGGAGCUGUGCGAUGAUAUCCUGGUCGAUACGGUGGUGUUGGCCAACUAUGAGUUUUUUAGCUCCAUCUUCCAUACCUUUCGCGUCAGCGUAUCGGAUCGGUAUCCGGCGAAAUUGGACCAGUGGCGCGAGCUGGGUGUCUACGAGGCGAGGAAUACGCGGGAGGUUCAGGCGUUUGCCGUGGAGAAUCCUCUUAUCUGGGCGCGGUAUGUCAAGAUUGAGUUUCUCACGCAUUAUGGGAAUGAGUUCUUUUGUCCGCUCAGUUUGAUUCGCGUGCAUGGGACGACGAUGUUGGAGGAGUAUAAACAUGAUGGUGAGGUUAGUCGGACAGACGAUGUGGUGGCCGAUGAAGAGCUUGAGCCUGCGCCGGUGGCUGCUGAGAUAGAGACGAUCCCUACGGUGGAUGCUGCAGCGGCAGCAGGCCCGAUUGAGCAGAAGGUGGACGAGCAGACGCCGGAGACUUGCCCUAACCCCGGACCGGUUGUUGAUGAGGCGGUCAUGAUGCAGCUUUGGGGGGUUCCUUGGACCUGUAGUAUUCAUGACUCGCCAGCUGCUGGGGAUGAAGGGACACAGGCGUCUCUCAAUCGCCCGUCAGCUACUGAUGCUACGCCUCCCAAGGGCGACGACGCUGCGCCUCUUGGAAACGAAGCUCCGGUCAAGGAGGCAGGGGAGCAGAAAAUGACUGUUAGCCCGAAUGUUGACUCGGCCCCUUCGUCUGCUACCACGGCUGGUCCAGAGACUACAUCACAAGGUGAAGCCGAUAGCCGGUCUACUGGCUUCACUAAGGAGGAGCAAAGCGUCGCCGCGGAGACGACGCGGUCAACAGCGACACAGCCUCCUUCUGCGAACCCGACUACGCAAGAGUCAUUCUUCAAGUCUGUGAAUAAGCGACUACAAAUGCUGGAAUCUAACUCCAGUCUAUCCUUACUCUACAUCGAAGAGCAGUCGCGGAUAUUGCGCGACGCAUUCAAUAAAGUUGAGAAACGGCAGCUGGCCAAGACUUCCACGUUCCUGGAGCAGCUGAACGUGACGGUACUUCAUGAAUUGAAGCAAUUCCGCGAGCAGUACGAUAACGUUUGGAAGAGCGUGGCGCUUGAGUUUGAGCACCAGCGCAUCCAGUACCAUCAAGAGGUGCAUUCGCUGAGCGCGCAGCUGGGCGUCCUCGCCGACGAACUGGUCUUCCAGAAGCGGGUGGCCGUCAUCCAGAGCAUCAUGAUCCUCUUCUGCUUUGGACUGGUGCUCUUUUCACGUGGUGCCGUCAGCAGCUACAUCGAGUUGCCCAGCAUGCAGAACAUGGUGUCGCGGUCGUACAGUCUGCGGUCGUCGUCACCUCCGUUUGGAUCGCCGUCCGUCAGCCCGACAUCGUCGGGUCGGCGCGCGGGCGGUCACCGACGCAACCUGUCUGAGGAUUCCCAGGAAGAUGGACCGAUUAGUCCCACGCUGGCAUACUCUCCACCGACGCCAGUCUCGGACGUGAUGAGCUCGUCGGAGGAAGCGGAGAACCAGAGGGGGAACUCGCUGGCACUGCCGGAGGUGGCGCCACCAGUCCGAUCGCGCAGUAGUCCGCCUGACCUCAAGGGAGGCGAGGAGUCCAUUGAGGAAUCAUCUAGCUCGGGCGAUUCACCCGUGUCUCACGGACGGAAUGCCGCGGUGACCGAGGCCUAG